AUGUUGGGAAAUGAGACAUGGAUAACAGAGAUCCUCCUCCAGGGAUUUGAAGAAUUGACUGACCUUCAGAUGCUUCUUUUUCUGGCAUUUCUAGUGAUUUAUAUUGUGGCCAUAACUGGAAAUAGUCUCAUAUUUGUGCUUGUUAUUUUUGAUCGACAGCUUCAUACACCCAUGUACUUCUUCCUGGGGAACAUCGCCUUCUUGGAGGUCUUCUAUACCUCUAAUAUAUUUCCAAGAAUGCUCUGGGCUCUCUUGACUGGGAACAAAGUGAUUUCUUUCAGCAAAUGCCUCACCCAGUGGUACAUCUGUGCUGAUUUGGCAGUUACAGAAUGUUGUUUACUCUGUGUGAUGUCUUAUGACAGGUAUCUGGCAGUCUGCAAACCGCUACACUAUACAACAAUGAUGAAGACACAAACUUGUGCCCAGUUAGCAGCUACAUCUUGGGUCAGUGGAUUUUCAAUUUCUUUGCUGUUACUCAUUCUGAUGUUGCAGUUAAAUUUUUGUGGCCCUAAUAAAAUAGAUCAUUACUUUUGUGACUAUGCCCCAAUCCUAAAGCUGUCUUGCAGUGACACUAGAGUGAUAAAACAGCUGAGUGAUGUUGUGGCUGCCGUGUUUAUAGUCUCUCCAUUCCUUUUAACCUUGACAUCCUAUGUAUACAUUAUAGUUGCCAUCUUGAAAAUUCCCUCCAUUACUGGGAGAAAAAAAGCCUUUUCUACCUGUUCCUCUCACUUGAUUGUGGUGUCUCUUUUCUAUGGGUCUAUAAUAAUUGUGUAUAUGCUGCCCCAAAAUGAAGGAAAGCAAGAGAUAACAAAAUUUUCUUCUCUUCUGUAUAUAGUGCUGCCUCCUCUUCUUAACCCCUUCAUAUACAGCCUGAGAAACAAGGAGGUCAAAGAGGGUUUGAGAACUAUUUUUGCCAUGAUUGUACGCUACAAACUCAUCCCAUAA